CUGCUGUUCCCUUUGUUCGAUAUGAAAAAUUGUGUACUCAAAUAAAUUUUAAAAGUAAUUCAUAGUUUUGUAUUUCUUAAAUUUGAAAAAAAAGAGCAACUUAUGUUUCUAAAUAUUUAGAAAACAGAAUGUUUUAUUAUUUUUUGGUCAAACUUUUUGGAGUUUGUGCUUAAUUGUGUAAACGUUUGGUGUAUGUAUAUAUGUAUAUAUGCGCAUGCACACAUAAACCCAGUGUUGACAACAUUGUAGAAUUGAAUACAGAGGCUAUAUGCAGCGCAAGUGUCAAUACUAAUGCAAAACGAUUCGAAAGAAUAUCUAAAAAAAAAAAAAGAAACGUUCAACAAUGCAUAAUAACAUCCGCAUUUUUAACAUAUGAAAGGUAUCUCUGUAUUUAAACUUCCGAAAAAAAAUCGUCUAUAGAAAUUUACUUGUUUAAAAUGUUAACGAUGAAUGUCUAAUGUCCAGUACAUAUGAUGGAUCAAAAAUAUUGUAUUUACAUCUAAUACAUAUAUAAACAUGUUUGCAAAUGAAUUGCAAAGCUCGACACAUUAUUCAAAUUCAAUUAAAAAUGAAAAUUUGUUGUAUAUAGUGGUCUUGGCUAGAUUCAAAAUCGAAGAACUAAAACAAAAAUAAAAUCGAAAGUUUCAACUAGCAGAUUUGUCAAUAUCAUGUAAGGAUUAAGGCAAAAAUGAAAUUCCUUUAGUCUUGUUUAUGCAAGGUCCUAACAAAAUACCUUGCUACUCUGAGUACAGCCAAAAUAAAAGAAAAAAAUAAAACAUACCCAGCAUUUCCUAUACAAUUUAGUUGACGUUAAGUUAUCAGUUUAAAACUUUACUAUAAUAAGCAUAUUCGUAGCAGCAUGGUUGGUUCUCAGCAAAAAUGUAAAGACAUCGCAUUAAACAAAACUAGCACGUACACAAGCGAAAGUAACUUAAUCAAAGGUCCUUUGGAGAACCCACCAACCUUAAGAGCACUUUCACCUUCAAUAUCACUACCUCAAUUGAAAAUUCCAAUGAUUAACCAAAAUUGUACACAAGCUGGUAUUACUCAAACUAACUCUCACAAUUCAAGUCAUCCCCCGUGUCGGGGUAGUGGGUUGCAGUAUUUCAGAAGUAAUUAUGAAUCAUCGGCAAUGCUUCAUGAGAGAAAAGAAGAGUUGCCCAAGGAGCCGGUAAAUAAAUUGGCCAACUGCAGCGAAGAUGGCAACAACAUAACCUCUUCCGAUAGUUGUGAACUUUUGGAACCCAUUCAAGGAAUAACCUUACCCAAUGUAACGGCAGUUUCAAAAAAAAACGAUGUCCCCGGUUUACUUUUAUGUACUGUUUCGGGAAACUGUACAACUCAAUUGGAGCCAGAAUGUGAAUCGCUCAGUCUAUUCAACGAAACUGCAGUCAAUGAAAACGACACUUUCUCAUUUCACGAACAAAUUAUAAUGUCAGGCCAACAAAAAAGCGAGUUGCAAGAGAAACCUAAAGUACUCGUCGUUUCACCACAGCAAGUAAUGAUUUUAUAUAUGCAUAAGUUGACUCCCUACGAGCGUACGGAAAUACUCACUUAUCCGCAAAUAUAUUUUAUUGGUGCAAAUGCAAAAAAACGCGCAGGAGUUUAUGGUCCAAAUAAUUCCGACUAUGAUAAUGAGCAAGGUGCUUACAUUCAUGUACCACAUGAUCACGUGGCUUAUCGAUAUGAAAUGCUUAAAAUAAUAGGUAAGGGCAGCUUUGGACAGGUGAUAAAAGCCUAUGAUCACAAAACUCACGAACAUGUUGCCUUAAAAAUUGUGCGCAAUGAAAAGCGCUUUCACCGUCAGGCACAAGAGGAAAUACGCAUUCUUCAUCACUUGCGUCGUCACGACAGAUAUAAUACUAUGAACAUUAUACACAUGUUUGACUACUUCACAUUUCGCAAUCAUACUUGCAUUACAUUUGAGCUGCUCAGCAUUAACCUUUACGAAUUAAUUAAGAAAAAUGGAUUUAAGGGCUUCAGUUUGCAGUUAGUAAGAAAGUUUGCGCACUCGUUGCUUCAGUGUUUGGAUGCUCUUUACAAAAAUGACAUAAUUCAUUGUGAUAUGAAACCUGAAAAUGUGUUAUUGAAACAACAGGGUCGUUCUGGUAUAAAGGUAAUAGACUUUGGGUCGUCGUGCUUUGAAAAUCAGCGUAUAUAUACAUAUAUACAGUCACGCUUUUAUCGUGCUCCUGAGGUAAUUUUGGGGGCUAAAUAUGGCAGAGCUAUUGAUAUGUGGUCUUUGGGCUGUAUUCUAGCUGAGCUGCUAUCAGGGCACGCUUUGUUCCCUGGUGAAAAUGAAAGUGACCAGUUGGCCUGCAUUAUUGAAGUCUUGGGAAUGCCAAAUAAGAAUAUAUUAGCCAGCUCGAAAAGGUCAAAGUCAUUUUUUAGUCCCAAGGGGUAUCCAAGGUAUUGCACUGUCCGGACCAUGUCCGAUGGAAUGGUGGUCCUAAUUGGUGGGCAGUCACGCCGUGGUAAGCCCCGUGGCCCACCAUGCUCAAAGAGUCUAUCUAAGGCGCUGGAUGGAUGCAAAGAUCCCCUCUUUCUUAAUUUUUUGCGAGGCUGCUUGGAAUGGGAUGCAGACAAACGGUUAACACCAUCAGAGGCUCUAAAACAUCCCUGGCUUCGCCGACGCUUACCUAGACCGCCAAGCAGUUCAAGUGGCUGUGGUGGGGUUAGUGGUGUCGGUGGUAGUAGGAAUCAAUCCCCAGUAACAGGUCAAACUAAGAACUUCGCGACCGAAGUAACGCCAUCAUCAACUUCUGCCACAUCUAUAGCUCUAUCAAUUAAAAGGGAUAACAGCCAUUCCAGCCUUCGACUUAAGCAUGGUGGAGUUCCAGACGGGUCUUUAAGCGCAACCAAAGCAUCAUUAAUCAAUACCGAGCUUCUAGCGGACAGCUUUAGAAAAACAACAGUUUCGUCACCACGUUUACCUUUAACGCAUUCUGCGGACUCCGGAGGAGUAAGUGGUCUAAGCACAAUGGACGCUGGGGCACAGAGAGUUUAUCCGUCUUCACUUUCAUAUUUACCGCAUAUGAAUAAUAACGAAAAUAUCCGAUUGUUAAAAAUCUCCGGCUCGUUAAACAGCUCCUCAAACUCAUUGACUCAAUUGGAACCUGUCUCAAACUUGGAUGUUUUGGGAGAAUACUCGGCCUCAACUACACCAAAUUUAGCAACAUCAGAUACCAGCUAUGCGUUUGGUUCAAGUUCAAUGGCCAUAGACAUUGCAGAGAAGUCCUUAGUUAACCUAGCUAACACGUACACGAUGGAGAAAUCUAUUGACAUUAUUGGAAAAUCAAAUGUAUCGCUUCAAUCGAAUAAGUUAAAAGUAAAGUCAAAUGAUAUGUAGCCAAUUAUCGACAAUAUGCAAUAUGCCAUAUAAAAGAUUAGAAGCAGUACUGUAUGUUGUUAUCUAAUUAUCUGACAACGCACUGCCAUUAAAGUGAUAAACUAAAUGCGUCUUGGCUCUGAUUUGUGUUGCUCUAGUAUUGGCAUAAAAUUGCACGUAGAAAGAUGAGAUCUCACAAAGUAAAAUAAAAUUUAUGCAUUUUAAUAACAAAUCGCCUGUAUCCGUUAUGAAAGUAAAGCUUACAAAAAUGUUAGGAAACUUGGUUUAAUGUUGCGAACUUACUUUAUUUCAUAUAAAUAAAAACCGAAAGGAUUGUA